AUGUCGUACGCAAAUGUUAGCAUCAAACCGUUGACCCUCGUGAGCCUCUGCGUCCCAAGUGCUAUUAUUACAGCCAUGUGCCACUAUGCCAGCCAGCCCCAAUCUUUGCUAGCAUAUAAAGCAUAUCUGUCUGUAGCUUCAAAUAUGGUAGAAGCAAGUGUACUGAAUGCCACCAACACCAGCCUCACUCUCAAAUUACCUCCAGUCAAGACAAACCUCACGUGGCAUGGAAUUACCACUCCCACGUCAACAUACCUGGUUUACUAUAUGGAGGCUAAUAGGGCCAACAGCUCUGACAGGAAACGCAACAUGUUGGAAUCACAGGAGAAUGUAGCCCGGAUUGAAGGUCUGCUGCCAUUUUCAACAUAUGUGAUUCAGAUAGCUGUGAAGAACUAUUAUUCUGAUCCUUUAGAACAUCUCCCUCUGGGAAAAGAGAUUCAAGGAAAAACUAAAAGUGGAGUGCCCGGGGCAGUUUGUCAUAUCAAUGCAACUGUGCUGUCGGACACCAGUCUUCUUGUAUUCUGGACAGAAUCGCAUAAACCAAACGGACCCAAAGAGUUAGUCCGCUAUCAGCUGGUUAUGUCAUACCUGGCUCCGAUUCCUGAGACUCCUCUAAGACAGGGCGAAUUUCCAAGCGCCAGGCUUUCUCUACUUGUCACUAAACUCUCUGGUGGACAACAAUAUGUGCUGAAGAUCCUUGCCUGCCACUCAGAGGAAAUGUGGUGUACUGAGAGUCAUCCUGUCAGCGUCAACAUGUUUGACACACCGGAGAAACCUUCUGCCUUGGUUCCAGAGAACACUAGUCUGCAGUUGGAUUGGAAGGCUCCGUCUAACGCUAACCUCACCAGAUUUUGGUUUGAACUCCAGAAGUGGAAGUAUAGUGAGUUUUACCAUGUCAAGGCUUCAUGCAGUCAAGGUCCAGUUUAUGUCUGUAACAUCGCAAAUCUGCAGCCUUACACUCCUUAUAACAUCCGAGUGGUGGUGGUCUAUACGACAGGAGAAAAUAGCUCCUCGAUUCCCGAGAGCUUCAAGACAAAAGCUGGAGUCCCAAGCAAACCAGGGAUUCCUAAGUUACUAGAAGGGAGUAAAAAUUCAAUCCAGUGGGAAAAAGCCGAAGAUAAUGGGAACAGAUUGAUGUACUACACCCUGGAGGUCAGAAAAAGCAUUUCAAAUGACUCACGGGACCAGAGUUUAAGGUGGAUGGUGGUGUUUAAUGGGUCCUGCAGUAGCAUUUGCACAUGGAGGUCAAAAAACCUAAAAGGAACUUUCCAGUUCAGAGCAGUAGCGUCAAAUGCUAUUGGAUUUGGAGAAUACAGUGAAAUCAGUGAAGAUAUUACAUUAGUGGAAGAUGGUUUUUGGAUAACAGAAACAAGUUUUAUACUUACUAUCAUAGUUGGGAUAUUUCUGGUUGCCACAGUCCCACUGACCUUUGUCUGGCAUAGAAGCUUGAAAAACCACAAAGCUCCCAAGGAAGGCCUCUCAGUUCUCAAUGACAACGACCAAGAGUUGGCUGAGCUUCGAGGUCUGGCGGCUGGAGUGGGCCUGGCCAAUGCCUGCUAUGCAGUUCAUACUCUUCCAACCCAAGAGGAAAUUGAAAGUCUUCCCACCUUCCCUCGGGAGAAACUGAGCCUGCGCCUUCUGUUGGGAAGUGGAGCUUUUGGAGAAGUGUACGAGGGCACAGCUGUAGACAUCCUAGGACGGGGAAGUGGAGAAAUCAAGGUGGCCGUGAAGACCCUGAAGAAAGGUUCGACAGACCAGGAGAAGAUCGAGUUCCUGAAGGAGGCACACCUGAUGAGCAAGUUUAAUCACCCCAACAUUCUGAAGCAGCUGGGAGUCUGUCUGCUGAGUGAACCCCAGUAUAUUAUCCUGGAACUGAUGGAAGGGGGAGACCUUCUAAGCUAUCUGCGCAAAGCCCGAGGGACAACGUUGUCUGGCCCUUUACUCACAUUGGCUGACCUGGUAGAGCUGUGUGUAGAUAUUUCAAAAGGCUGCGUCUACUUGGAGCAGAUGCACUUCAUUCACAGGGAUCUGGCAGCUCGGAAUUGCCUUGUGUCUGUGAAAGACUAUACCAGUCCUCGGGUAGUCAAGAUCGGUGACUUUGGUUUGGCAAGGGAAAUCUAUAAACAUGAUUAUUAUAGAAAGAGAGGGGAAGGCCUGCUUCCUGUCCGGUGGAUGGCUCCUGAAAACUUGAUGGAUGGAAUCUUCACUUCCCAGUCUGAUGUAUGGUCUUUUGGAAUUUUGGUUUGGGAGAUUUUAACUCUUGGUCAUCAACCUUAUCCAGCGCAUUCCAACCUUGAUGUUUUAAACUAUGUGCAAGCAGGCGGGAGACUGGAACCACCGAGAACCUGUCCCGAUGAUCUGUAA